AUGUCAUGUCAAUAUUCCGUUGCGGCUUUAGUCGUACUUGCCUUAUUCAUACUGUUUGUACACUUCGGGGCGAAGCACGUGAAUCGUAAAUUCGUAUCACAGCUUCUCUCUGAGUUCGACGAUGACGGUCAACACUCGUUGACUUUCGUCUUAUCACUUCCUAACGAUGAAACACUUUUCUUUACGCCGACCCUGGAGAUACUCAGGAAUUCUCCCAUGGUUUCGAGUCAGGAUGUCACCAUUCGCGCCCUUGUUCUCACCAGGGGUGGCUCCAGUGGCCCGGGUGAUAAGCACGUAUUAGAGAUGGAAGAACUCUGUUUCAAGUACAACAUGCAGUGCUCAGUGCUUGAUGUACCCGAAAUACUUGAUGAGUCCAGGUACGAGGAUCCUGAAAAGGCUAUCCCGCACAUUGAGGCGUACCUAGAGAGACACAAGAGUGAUUUCGUUAUCACCUUUGACCGGCACGGUGGUGAUCAUUCUCAUAUACACGUUAACACCCACAAUGCUGUCGCUGCUCUGAAGAAGAAGAAACCCGACCUCAAGGUAUGGACGUUAAUCACGUUCAACGGAGUUGAACGGUUCUUGCCAAUAUAUGUUGUGAUGCGUUAUUUGUUUAGGAAACCCAGUUGUGUUUACAACACACCAGUGGAGGUGUACCGCAACUGGAAGAUCCAUGGGAGUCAGCGUAAGUGGUACACACCACUCUACGCUUUCUUCAGUUCUUACAGUUACGCCAACUCUUUCCACAUCUUGUGA